AUGUCAACUCUUCAGGAAUGGCACAAUGGCCUACUGAGCCCUAUGCUGUUCAUGAAGGCGUCGAUCCUGACGUUAAGUUUAUUCUCUGGACUUUCGUCGGCCCAUUAUUCCACCCAACCUUCGUCUACCAAUGGCCUGCAGUUGAUCGGCGACCAGCGGCUACCUGAUCAGCGGUAUGCCAACAACCUGGUCGACAGCGAAGCCUGUCCCUUCCCAUCAGCCCUAGAGCUGGUCGACGAGACAGCCACAAACACUAUGACCGAAUUAGAUACCCGUACGCCGAUAGAGGUCUGUGAGAGCGACCCCUCUCGAUUGUCCCGGUUUGCGUCGUUCACGACUGCCGUCUACACAUUCACGGCCUCCCACACCGGCAAUGUCGACGGCUGGCGGUACGAGUACCAUCCGACGGGUCGCAACUGUGAUACCACUGCCCAGCAGAAGGCCAUCCCGGGUGCCAUCUACGAUUAUCUGAAGACGGUUGAAGGCGACAAAAUAUACGACACUCAGUGUCUAUUGCUCGACUAUGGAGGCCCCUAUGCCGGCUACUUGAAGCUUGGAAAAGAGGGGGCUUUUGACUCUUCGGCCUAUUGUGGUCCGACACUGCAUUUCGAGUAUUGUGCGUCGGAGGUAUGA